AGGAGUCAUGGGAUCUUUGGAUGGGGGAUAAGAUGAGGCCUCCAUUUGUCUCUUACCCUAAACCCUCAUAGGUGGCCAUUAAAAUCUCCAAGACUCUGCCUUUUUGUAACUCAAAGAAGGCAGCUGAGGUGGUUUAGAUAAGGACAUCCCUGUGGGUGUCCAGGAGGUCGAUGAACUGGAAGACUAGAGUACAGUAAUUAAUGGUCAUUGGUGUGAACACUGAAGUCACCCAUGGACAUGGAAGGAUCUAGAAGGCCUAGAAGGUAUAUUAAUCCAUCUAGUCUUUACAACCACCUGGUGAAGCGGACCCCAGGAUGAUCCUUUUUAGAAAGGGUCCUCUUUUAGAUGAGAAAGUCGUCAGAGAGAGGAUCAGCACCUUGCCUAUGGUUACAAGAUUGGUAAGAGCAGAGAGUCCUGUGGUCCAAGUGUGGCUGGCCCAGCCAACAGGGGAGCUCUCCAAUCUCACGGUUCCUCCCCGGGGCAAGGCCUCCGCAACACCAAAGCCCUGAAGACUGACAGCUGUUGGAGCGUCCGCCUUCUUCAGCUGGCUCACACCCUGCUGGUCGUCAUGGCUGCUGGGAAGGGUGCUCUGCAGAGCUCUUCGGCUGAAAACACAUGGAGGCUUAAUGAAGCUGACCAGGGCUGGAGCUGCAAGCCAGUGCUGCUGGAAAAAAUGAACAACCUGGGCUCUGAGGCUGCCAUGGGUGGUGGUGGCCGGGAGGAGACCUCUGCUGAGGUGGCACUGUCAGCAACCCCAGGAAAACUCAGACUGGGAAAGCCAAUGGCCCAGAAGGUGUGCUGGGAACAGGGGCAGAGUGCUUUCACAGAGGUGCCUCGACUCAAGAAGAGGCUGGAGGGUGUGCAGGCCAGGGAGAGGGAGCAUGAUAACCCCACAGGCCAGCCUGGUCCCCAGAAGCUGACCCAGGACACCCCCAGGGACCUGGCUGACAGCAAGACCUCUGUGUGGCCCAGUGGAGCCCGAGGGGAGCAGAAAAGCGCCUUCAGCAAACCAGCCAGGUGUCCAGCAGGGAGACCUGGGCCAACCUCCGUCUUCCAGACACAUGGACCUGCAGAUGCCCUUGGGGAGCUGUUGGGACUCAGCAACACGGUAGACAUCCCUUGUUGGGAUCAGCUUUCAAAUUCUAAGUUUUUGGUGGGUGAUUUCUGGAACCUGCAGACGUUGCCACAAAAUGCUCCUCUCUGCAGUGCUUUCCUGGGAGCCCCCACACUGUGGCUAAAGCAUGCCACAGCCCAGAUGUCCACACCGUCAUCAUCCUCUUCCACUGCCACUUGGGCCCUGCUGCCACCUACAUUCACCUCCCUGGGCCUGUCCACCCAGAACUGGUGUGCAAAAUGCAACCUCUCCUUUCGCCUGACCUCCGACCUGGUCUUCCACAUGCGGUCCCACCACAAAAAGGAACAUGUGGGGCCUGACUUACAUUCUAAGAAGCUGAGAGAAGAGGCCCUCACGUGUCCCAUUUGCCAUGAGUAUUUCCGGGAGCGCCACCAUCUCUCCAGGCACAUGACUUCUCACAGUUAGCAGGUGGCUGUGGAACAGACCUGUAGAUUCAGCUUCUAGCAUUUGGCGGUGGGGCGGAGAUGGCUCACUGGUGCUUCCUUUGGAAAGGCUCGUCAUCGUUGUCUGCAGAGCUGUCUGCAUUGGAGUUGAUAGAUGAACUUGGUCAUCAUUUGAAAAAGACGGUCCUUGGCUCUGAUGUAUUUUGAUGGAAAUAAAGUCAUGAAAUAAAAUGACACACUUUCCUAAUCUAGGGUAUCAAGACUGCUAGGCACGGAGUAGAGGCCCUGCUCCUGUUCCAUAUGGAGGCAAGUUUGACACACAGCCUGGGCUUUGGAGGCAGACAAACCUGGAUGCUAACCUUUCACAUAUUAGCCCUGACCUUGGACACAUCGCUUUCACCAUCUGAGCCCCAGUUUUCUUCUCUGUAAAUGGAGAGGGCGACACGUGUGUCUUAGGGAUGUUGUCAUGGUUACGUGGGAAGGUGUGUGGAAAAUAGCCAGGAUGCCACCUGGCACAGUGUGAUUCCUGAGUGAAUGAUAUUUGUUAUCAUUGUCCAGAUUAGUAAGCUGUUGUUCCAUGACAGAGUCUCAGCGGCAAGCAACCCAAAGCAUCUAAUUCUCGCUCGAAGGUCUGUGGGUUGGCUGGGUUGGGUUGGGCUUGGCUGGGCUUGGCUCCAGGUUGCAAAUUAUAUUUAGGUUCAUGUUCUGUUACUCUAGGACUAGUGGGCUUCCUAGAUAAUACUUCUCUUAUGGUCAUUCCCAGAGCACAAGAAGGAAAAUCCAAACACACAAGCACACCUCAAGUCUCUGCUUGGGUCACUUCUACUAGCAGCCUCCCAGCCAAAGCGAGUCAAUGACCAAGCCCAAAGCAAGUGGGUGAAAUGUGCCACCUGCCCACAGGGAAGCCGUGAUGAGGGAGCGGAUGUAAGGUCCUACUACAGAGGCAUGAAGAGUUGGGACCAGUCAUUCAGCUGACACACUUGGUCCAUGGUUCUUCACAUGCUGAAUAUGUGGAAGGGGGAGAAAGGAGCAACAUCCCCCCACCCACACACCCCUUAUCUCUCAGCAAGCAAGCAUGGUGUAAAAGCUUAAGACUUAAAACAUGGUGAGAAUUUGGAGCGUUGUGGUUACCAUUAUCUACUGCAUGUUGCGCUUCUCUCGGUGACUGUUCUUUUCAUCUGCAUUUGCCCUUGCAAACCUCAGGUCAUAAACUCUGAUGUAACUCGGGCCAGUUUGUGGCAAGGCCAUUCGUUGGGAGCUCUUUCAAGUUAGGCGUUCUUUUGACUGGUUUCCCCCGCACUUUCAGGAUUUGUUCAUUUGACCAGCAGUGUCCAACCCUCUGGUGGGGCCUCUGGCACCGAGCUCAGGCUGUGGUUGGGAAGGAGCUGGUGUGGGCAUCUCAGACAGUGGCCAGUGACCCGUCCAAACACCCCCCAAGCUCCCAUCUCUUCUCUCCCUCUCCAUGCAUACACAGGGUCCUGGUGAGAGCCUGUCCCACCCGGCCCACCCUCCUUCUCACUCACCCUCUCCCCGCCUCCCACCCACACACCCAGCCAUUCUGCAUCCAUCGCCAGCUAUUCAGUCACCCAUUUAUUGGCCUCCCUGGGUACCCUUGCUAUGCCAGGCUCGGUGUCAGGCCCUGGGGGAGGCCCAGUGAAUUCGGCCCAUGGUCCUUGUUCAGGGUACGCAAUGCCUGGUGUGCAGCAUGAUGGAUGCCAAACAAAAGCCCGUGUGGGGUGCCUCGCACAUGGGAGCAGGUGUACCUCAGACCUGUGGGAGUAAGUGCAGUGCCCCCUGAGUCCUCCUGAGGAGCGGGGGCAAGAGCAGAUCAUCCAAGUCCAGCAGAUGCUGGAGGUGCAGGUGGAGGGUAGUAGCUGGGGAGAAGGGGAGGCAGAGCUACAGAGGCUCUAGGAUGCUUCAAGGCUGGUAUGAGGAGGACUGAGUGGGGCCCUCUGGGAUGGAGAUGUAGGAAGGCCUCAAAGGACAGGAAUUUGGCCCAGGGCACGGGAAGGAUGGCUCCAAGAGGCACUUUGGAGGGGCCUCUGGUUGCAGUGAGAAGGGUGGGCUGGAGGAGAGGAGAAGACCCCCUGAGUCAUUUCCUCUGCAUGUGGAAGGAGCCAGCAAUGCUCCCUGCAGGCACCAACAGAGCAUCUCCAUUCUUGCAGGGAAGUUUGGAGGACCCCCACCCUGAGAGAGAAAAGGGAGGCUCUGCAGGGUGGUCCCUUUACCCACAGAGGGGGCUGGAGCUGGGGGAAACCUUCCCCUGCUAUCCAUGUGAUGCAGGAAAGGGCAUCUGAGGGAGUGUGAAUCUGAGGCUCCCCACUAUGUGGUGACAUAUAGCCUUUAACCUAUGACAGGUGCAGGAGGUAGAUAUUUAAUUCCCAUGUUACUGAAGAAGAAACAAACCACCGAGAGGGUAAGCUUCUUUCCUAAGAUCAUAGGUUCAGGAGAAGCAGUGCAAGAAUAAGGCCCCAGGACCACUCACAUCCUUCCCAGCCUGCCACACAUCUGCUCAGCAUGUGGGUCACAUGGUAUCAUGGAUGGUUUAAAAAGUAGGAUUUAGGACCAGGCAUUGACCCCUUCUGGAAUUUAAACUUGCAGCCUGCAUACACCCCCACAUUUCCUAUCACCCUUUUCUUAGCACUUCUCUAUAUCUUGUAUGCUCCAUGAAGUUUUCUGAUUUGUGUUAUUUACAGCGUCUCUCCUGUUACUAGAACCUAAGCUCCACGAGAGAUUUUUGCUGUUUUGUUCACUGCUGUAUCCCCAGCAGGAAGGACAAUGAAGGCACAUAGUAGUUGUUCAACAGACUUUUGUUGCAUGCAUGAAUGAGAUGCCUAGAUCCAGUCUCGCCCCUCACAAACCCCGAGCCAGCUGCUCAUAGUGUUUUGACAUCUGUCAAAUGGUGUGCACAGCCAUCCUCUUCUGGCUUAUUGGAUUGGUCCGUAUUUCUGUGAACUCCCUUUUUAAAGUCAUAAGUGCACUUAAGACCGAAUAGAAAUUUAAAAUGGAAAGGGACUCUAGACUUCCAGUCCGUCCUUCCAGUGUAUAGGGGUGAGCACUGAGGUCCACUGGUGAGCUGACCUGCAAAGUGAUGCAGGGCAAGUGGUGGUGAGGUCAAGGCUAGGACCCCUGAAAUGCCGGUCCAGGCAUCUUCCCUGACCCGCCCGCAUGCCUCUAAGAACAUUGCCUGUGGCCGCACACAGAAUUACUACUAACAGCAACCAUGUCAUUUUCAAGCAAGGGAGACAUUUUG